AAACUUUAAAAAAAAGUCAGGAUAAUCUUGAAACAUGGAUAAAAAUAAACAUAAAAAGACGGAUAUUGAAAAAGAAGCAAGUAUGCUUAUGAGACGUUGCAAAGCUAACGAAAAGCACAGAAUCAAAGCACCGACAUUGGAAGAAAUUAUCGCGACACAACUCACUGAUGAAUUGAUGGAUCAAUUUAACAUAAACAAGCAAAAACGGGAAAAACUGAAGGAAUUUCAAUCAGAAUUUACCAAGAAGACUAAACUGAAAGAGUUCAAAACCCGACUAGUUCCUCUAUACCCCGAAGUCCCUACGAAGAACGAUUGUCACAAGAAGAUAAGAUACUAUUCGGAGCUUUGUCCGUAUUCAGAUAUGACAGCUAUACUUGAAUCGGCUUUGAGAAACAGAGUCAGAGCCAGAGGUUUGGAACUUAAGUAUCCUAGCAUCAUAGAUAACAUCGUGGCCAGCGCCAAAGAGGAGUUUUUUGAAGUUACGCAUAACGCGGGGGUGAACUUGAAGACGAAACCGAUGAACAUCGAGGAAUAUAACAGAACGAAAAUAGAACCGUACAAAUACCUGGGCAGAUCGGAUCGAUACCAAGUCUACUUGUGGACCAAGAACGAAUUUCAAUUGCGAUUCAUGCUACAUUUGCCUUUGGUCCAAAGGAUUUUCAAGGAUUGUAUUACCGUGCUACCUCAGACUUUAUUUAAUAUCAGUACAUUGAGGAGCAAACCGUACGAUAUUAAAGACCUGGACGAUAUUUUUAACCGGUAUAUAAGCGAUGCGGAGGUUAUUUUGAAGAGAUUCUACUACAAAAUUGUUGAAAUGGUAGAGGUGGACGACACAAAAUUAGAGCCGUACCUAUACAAAAGAAUGUUGAAAGUGUGUACUGGUAUUUUGGCGAAAUACUUCAGCAUAGCGAUCAUGAACACGAUGGAGCACAUCCGUGACGUCACUGGCAAUGAUAACUUGAUCCCUUAUAUAAAAUUAUCGCUGAAGUACAGCGAAACAUUGGUUCUGUUUCCUAAUGAUAAUGACGUCAUACUCAUCUACUCUAUGUUUGUGUCAAAACUAGUGGACAUUGGAAGAACAUUUCUCGUUUUGGAGACGGUGCGAAUAAGGGACUAUCCAUCCAAAACCAUCCGUCUGAAUGUUACAGAUGAGUAUUUCAAUGAUAUUCUAGAAGUAAUUGGAGAGAAUAUCAUGAAUAUGUUUAUUCCAGUUAAUGAGUACAUGAGCAAGCUAGAAGAGGACUUCCAGGAAAUAUUUCGGAGGUUCACUAAAGUCGAUGAGACCAACCCAUUUAAGACAGGUUUGAGUCAGAUAAAACAUUACCAGAAUUACAUGAACAAGGUCGGAUCUAUGUUGAGCAGCGAAUACUUUGGCAUAGGACAAUUAGUCCUCUCAGAAUACGUUCAGUCCAUGCGAGAGUCGCUCUCUGAAGUAAUGGAAGACCUGUUUUUAAAACUGUGCACGCUGCACGAGGAAGAGAACGAGGAUAUUUGCGACUGUUUUGAAGCUAUAAAAGCUGAAGCUUUGAGAAGACCAGCUACAAGCGAAGAACUGAUUGCUCAAGGAAAAUAUAUGAUAUGGGUGAAGACAGUCCAUUUGAUGGAGCUACGAGAAAGAAUUCAAGCUAUGCUGUACAACUUGACAGAUCUCAUGCUAUACGGUACGUUAGAAAAAGAGCACAUGGAGCUGAAUGCGAAGACGGUGAACUGGUUGACCGAAAUCGAACCGAUCUUGAACAUAAACUCCAGUAUGUACGAGCAGCUCAAGUUUGAGUCAGAAGUGAAGCUAACGAGCACGAUCACUUACGUGAAUACGUCAAUUGACACCUUGAUUCCGUUGCUCGGAGUCUUGAAUGACAUGGACGACUAUGAAAGGUGUAGGGAAUACGUGAACGCCAUAAAGCUCCACAUGGUCCAAAUGCGAGAUUUGCGUCAGAAGAUCACAUGGAUCAACAAGGAACAACUUUGCCUGGGUUUCAACGUGUCUCCGUUCAAAAACGUCGAGGAGGUCCAGAAUUUCGUGUAUCCUUUUUUCCAUUUGCUGAAAAUUUGCAUGAACAUCAAGAGGCACAUCGACGUGUGGCUGGAUGGGCAAUUUGAGUUUUUGACCUACGAGGAGACUGAAGAGCAGGUUGAGGAGUAUAUGAAGGAGUUAUUGAAGAUACAAAAGACCUAUCGGAUCAAACUGAGACAGGCGCAAGCCGAGAACACAUCAAUCCGUUUCUUCGGCGUCGUGGACGAUCCGGAUCUGUACAGUUGGCCAGCACCAUUGAAACUGGCCGCAAACGCCAUCCAAGCUUUGAAAGACUUCCGACCGGCCAUGACCAUAAUGCGCAUCAUGUGCAACGAUGCCCUGGUGAAGCGUCACUGGAAGGAGAUGUCCGCCAUUGCUGGAUUUGAACUAGCUCCGAACGCCGGAUCGUCGCUAAGGAAAUACACCCGAAUGGGUUUGGAACCUGACUUGGAAAAAUAUGACGUCAUAAGUUCGGCGGCCACUAAAGAACGUGAGCUGUUCAGGAACUUGACAAAGAUGCAAAACGAAUGGGCUGAUAUAUUGUUCAAGACAGGGACGUUCAAAGAUACUGGCAUUGUUAUUUUGACGGCCCUUGAUGAUAUCCAGGUGGUUUUGGACGACCACAUCUUGAAAGCGCUUACCAUGAGAGGCUCCAUUUUUGUGAAACCGUACGAAAUGGAGGUCAGAGCAUUUUACGACAGGCUAGUUAGGAUCAACAAGACGAUAGAUGAAUGGGGAAAAGUCCAGAGUCAGUGGUUGUAUUUACUGCCAAUUUUUUCGUCUAAAGAUAUUGUGGCUCAGAUGCCUGAAGAAGGUACACUUUUCAAAGAGGUGAAUGAUACGUAUAAACGAUACAUAGACGUAGUGGUCAGAGAUGCGAGGGUAUUUGAAACAGCUGGAUCUCCUGGUGUGCUCGAGGCGAUGGAGCACUGUAAUGAACUACUCGAAAAGAUCAACGACGGUGUGACGAGCUAUUUAGAAAAGAAACGGCUCUUUUUCCCAAGGUUCUUCUUCCUUUCAAAUGACGAAAUGCUGGAAAUACUCUCGGAAACGAAGGAUCCCUUGCGAGUACAGCCGCAUUUGAAAAAAUGCUUCGAGGCAAUAAACAGAUUGGAAUUCAAUGAGAAUUUGGAAAUUUUGGCAAUGUUCAGCAUGGAAAACGAAAAGGUCAAUUUAAAGGCGAAAGUAAACACGAAAGAUGCUGAUGGAAGCGUAGAAAAAUGGCUGGUGCAAGUGGAGGACCAAAUGGUUGUAUCGGUCAAAGACCAAAUUUUGAAAAGCUUCAAGAGUUACUUUGUGUUACCUAGAACAACUUGGGUGCAGAAAUGGCCUGGACAGGUGGUACUUUGUGUAUCGCAAAUGCAUUGGACAUACGAUGUGCACAGAGCUCUCAAUAACGAAGAUCUAACGGUUUCUAGAUUAGUCGAAAUGCUUCGAGUGCAGCUGCAGGAGAUAGUAGAUGUGGUGAGAAGUCCCACAAUUUCAAAUUUAGCGCGAAUCACAAUAAAAGCGUUGAUCGUAAUCGACGUCCAUGCCAAAGACGUCGUCGAAGAUCUUUACUCGAAAAAAGUGUCCAACGACAAAGAGUUCAAAUGGCAGGCGCAGAUGCGGUACUAUCUGGAAGACGACGAGGCUCUCGUCAGGCUCGUCAAUGCUACGGUCAAGUACGCCUAUGAAUACUUAGGUAAUUCUGACCGUUUGGUGAUCACCCCGUUGACGGAUCGGUGCUAUCGCACCCUGAUCGGAGCGUACCAUCUGCAUCUGAACGGAGCUCCCGAAGGUCCAGCGGGCACCGGGAAAACGGAGACCACCAAGGAUUUGGCGAAGGCGAUCGCCGUACAAUGUGUCGUCUUCAACUGCUCUGAUGGUCUCGAUUACAAAGCGAUGGGGAAAUUCUUCAAAGGGUUGGCCUCUUGCGGAGCAUGGGUGUGCUUUGACGAGUUCAACAGGAUCGACAUAGAGGUACUUUCCGUUGUUGCGCAACAAAUCCUGUCCAUCGUGAUGGCCGUAAGGGCGCACGCAACAAAAUUCAACUUCGAAGGCACCGAGAUCACCUUGAAUCCGGCAUGCUACGUUUGCAUCACCAUGAAUCCAGGUUACGCUGGACGAUCGGAGCUGCCGGAUAAUCUCAAGGUACUCUUCCGUACAGUGGCCAUGAUGGUGCCAGACUACGCCAUGAUCGGAGAAAUCUCGCUGUAUUCGUACGGGUUCAAAGACGCUCGAAAUCUUUCCGUGAAGAUCGUCACCGUAUACAGACUUUGCUCCGAACAGCUGUCUUCUCAAAACCACUACGAUUAUGGUAUGAGAGCCGUCAAGUCUGUAUUGUCAGCUAGCGGCAACAACAAGAAGAAAUAUCCCGAUGAGGAUGAAGACAUCUUACUGUUACGAGCCAUUCUGGACGUGAACUUGCCGAAAUUCUUAAAUCACGAUCUUCCUCUUUUUGACGGCAUAAUCAAUGAUCUCUUCCCUGGAGUGAUAUUGCCGAAGGCGGAUUAUACCGUUUUCACAGAAGCGAUGGUUUCCUGCAGCGAGGAACGUAAUUUGCAACCAAAAGAAUCCUUUCUGGUUAAGGUGAUCCAAACGUAUGAGAUGAUGAUAGUACGCCACGGUUUCAUGUUGGUAGGAUAUCCUUUUGCGGGCAAGACUUCGACGUUAAAAGUACUGGCCGAUACUCUAACAGUGUUGAACAAACAAGGAUCAGGAGAAGAAAAAGUGCAGACCCUUACGCUAAAUCCCAAAGCCAUUACAAUGGGUCAACUAUACGGCCAAUUCGACCCGAUAUCGUACGAAUGGUUCGACGGAGUUGUGGCCACCGGUUUCCGGAACUUCGCGGUCGAUCCGUGCCCCGACCGAAAAUGGAUCAUUUUUGACGGUCCCGUCGACGCAGUCUGGAUCGAGAACAUGAACAGCGUACUGGACGACAACAAAAAACUCUGCUUGAUGUCCGGCGAGGUCAUGUCCAUGACGAACUCCAUGUCGCUCAUCUUCGAAGUUAUGGAUCUUGAACAGGCUUCCCCUGCGACGGUAUCUCGUUGUGGCAUGAUUUACAUGGAGCCCGUCACUUUGGGCUGGCAGCCGUUUCUCGAGUCCUGGUUGCCCAGCCUGAGCGAUGAAUGGUGCGGUGAAGGUAGGGUCGACUUUGUCGUGGACAUGUUCAACUGGAUCGUGCCUCCAUGUUUGACGUUUAUCAGGAAGCAUUGCGUCAUGUAUUGCAAUCCCGGAGAAAUCAGCCUGGUCAGAACUAUGAUGAUGAUGGUGCAAAUGUUGUUGGACGAUGCGACAGGUGGAAGUGUCAAGAAGGAAGAAGAGUCAAGGUAUCUGGACGUAUGGAUCCAGGCAACAUUCAUACAAGCAGGAGUGUGGGGUCUCGGAGCAAUCCUCGACACAGAAUCCCGAACGAAAUUCGACGAAUACUACAAGCAACUGUGGAAAGGAAUGUUGGAAGAUCAUCCGUAUCCAAAAAGUAUGGAAAAAAUGGAAGUGCCCAUCCCAACAGAGGGUCUGCUUAUCGAUUAUUCGUACAACUACAGAAUGAAAGGCAACUGGAAAUAUUGGCCGGAUGUGGUCAAAAAUGAAAGAGUGGAUGAGUGCAAAAAUAUAUUGCAGGCCUUGAUACCUACUGCAGAUACAGCGAGGUAUAUGCAAUUGAUCGAUAUGCACAUUCGUUACCAAAACCCGCUGCUGUUGAUGGGUCCGACGGGCACUGGAAAGAGCUUCUACAUCCAGGACAUACUCAUGAACCGACUCAAUAAAGAAAAAUACGAACCGUCCUUCAUUACCUUCACCGUGAAAGUAACAGCCAACCAGACGCAGGACUUGGUCAUAUCCAAGUUGAUCAAAAGGAAACGAGGUCACUACGGACCUCAGAAGGGCAAGGUGGCAGUUUUAUUCAUCGACGACGUCAACAUGCCAGCGAAAGAAAUGUAUGGAGCCCAACCGCCCAUCGAGCUGUUGAGGCAAUACUUUGACCACAAGAACUGGUACGACCUCAAAUCGACGGAUCCGAUAUACCUACACGAGGUGUUAUUUUUGGGAGCCAUGGGUCUGGUCGGAGGCAGUCGGCAGGAGGUCUAUCCUCGCUUCCUGAGGCACUUCAAUAUUUUCUCUAUCAACGAGUUCUCGGUGGAAAGCAUGGCCAAGAUAUUCAGCAACAUCCUGCAUUUGGGAUGGAAGAACAACGGGUUCCCCUCGGAGAUCAUUUCCGUUGUAACGCAAACCGUCAGCGCCAGCUUGGAGAUAUACAAAUCGGCCAUGGAAAAUCUCAGGCCGACUCCGUCCAAGAGCCAUUAUGUCUUCAAUUUGAGGGACUUCAUGAGAUUAAUUCAGGGAUGUACAAUGUUACGAAAGGAGUCGGCAGAAAGUAAGAAAACGUUUGUAAAAAUAUGGGUGCACGAGGUUCUCAGAGUAUUCUACGACAGGUUGAUAGAAGAAAAGGACAAGGACUGGUUGUUUGAUGAAAUGAAGGCGGUUACCAAGAAUAAUUUUAGGGAGUACUUUGAGCAAGUAUUCGAUAAUUUUCCAAAGAACCAGGAUGGUUUGAUCGAAAGAGACCAAAUGAAAAACCUGAUGUUCGGCACAUACUUCGACCAAGACUCUGAAGAAGACCAACGCCGUUACGAACAAGUGAUCAGCAAGGAACAGCUUUACGAAACGGCCAACAAUUGCCUAACAGAGUACAAUUCCACGCACAAAACCAAAAUGGAUAUAAUGCUGUUCGAUUAUGCCCUAGAACAUCUGUCGAAGAUAUGCAGAGUGCUGUCCAUGACUUGCGGAAGCGCUCUUCUGGUCGGCAUAAGCGGUUCGGGUAGACAAUCCCUAACUCGACUGGCAGGCGAAAUAUACGGUCAAAAACUUUUCCAACCAGAGAUCACAAACAACUACUCGAUCAACGAUUGGAGAGACGACAUCAAGAAGAUUCUGAAAGAAGCAGGCGGUAGAGGCAGACACACCAUCUUCCUGAUCGCCGAGGGUCAGAUCAAGGAAGAAAGCUAUCUGCAGGACGUCGAUUGUCUGUUGAACGCUGGAGAGGUGCCAAACAUUUACCAGAUCGAUGAGAAGCAGGAGAUUUUAGAUAUGGUCAGACUGGCAGCACAAGGUCAAGGUCCGAUGGCGCAAGCGCUGAUCGACGAAGGCCAAGAUGGUGGUCUAUGGGUAUGUCUCCAGAACUGUCAUCUGGCAACUUCUUGGAUGCCCAGCUUGGAGAAGAUCUUCGAAAAUCUGGACUAUGCUAAUACGCACGAUCAGUUUCGUCUCUGGCUGACUAGUUACCCGUCUGCUAAGUUUCCUGUCACCCUUCUACAGAAAGGAGUAAAGAUGACAAACGAAGCUCCGACUGGUCUGCAAAACAAUCUGUUGAAAUCUUACGUCAGCGACCCGGUGAAGAAUCCGGAAUUUUACGAGGGCUGUCCGGAUCAUGAAGAAAUGUUCGUCAAGCUACUGUACGGUCUGGCAUUCUUUCAUGCUUGCGUACAAGAACGUAGAACGUUUGGACCACUCGGAUGGAAUAUUCCAUACGGAUUUAACGAUUCCGACUUUGACAUUUCCGUUCAGCAAUUGCAAAUGUUCAUCAACGAGAACGACGAUCCGUACGAAGCGCUGUCCUAUUUGAUCGGCGAAUGCAACUACGGGGGUAGAGUGACGGACGAUUGGGAUAGAAGGCUUAUUGUCACCAUUUUGGCGGACUAUUUGAGCCCUACUGUCGUCUCACAGAAGAAUUACACGUUCAGCAAUGCCGGAGAUUGCUACGGACUCCCGGAGAAGAACGAGUAUGCCGUUUAUAUAGCCCACAUUAACGCCUUGCCUGGCGUGCACCCUCCUGAAGUUUUCGGUCUGCACACGAACGCAGGCAUCACCAGGGACCUGCAGAACUCGAAGCAACUCCUGAACUCCGUGCUGAAGGCGUACGGUGAAGUAUCGGCGGGAGGCGCCGCAGGAACGGACAAAUUCAUCACGACUCUUUGCUCAGACAUGGUGUCCAGGCUACCGAAAAAGUUCGAUCUGGAUGUGGCCCACGCGAAGUACCCUGUGGAAUACUCGGAAUCGAUGAACACGGUGCUGGUGCAAGAGAUGGAGAGAUUCAACAAGUUGUUGGGGGUCAUCGCGAGUUCCUUGGUCAAUAUGCAGAGAGCUAUACAAGGCUUAGUGGCGAUGUCUCCAGCUCUAGAAGCGUUCGCGGCGUCAUUGCUUCUAGCUAGAAUCCCUUCAAAUUGGGCCAGCGUAUCUUAUCCCAGUCUGAAGAACUUGCCAAGCUACAUGGCUGACUUUUUGGCUCGCAUACAAUUCUUACAAUCUUGGUUCGACGAGGGAAAACCUGUCAACUACUGGGUGUCCGGAUUCUUCUUCACGCAAGCUUUUUUGACAGGAGUCAAACAGAAUUUUGCGAGAAAGUACGCGAUCCCCAUUGACAAGUUGACGUUUGACUUCGAGAUCAUGAGGCAAGAUCGGAUGAAUGAUGCGCCUGAGGAUGGGACGUAUUUGUACGGACUGUUCACAGAUGGCGCCAGGUGGGACCGCGGAAAAGGGAGACUAGCGGAGCUGCUGCCGAAAGUAUUGUACGAUAUCAUGCCUAUAAUAUGGAUCAAGCCCAUCACUUCUGCAGAAUAUAAAGUUGGUGCCCGUUACGUGAGUCCUGUGUAUAAAACUUCCGAACGCAGAGGAACGCUCUCUACCACAGGCCAUUCGACCAAUUACGUACUACCAGUACUGCUCGACACGGACGUCAAGCCUUCUCAUUGGAUCAAAAGGAGCGUAGCACUGCUAUGUCAGCUUAACUGAACUAAUACACUGUAUAUAGGUUUUAAUAAAUGUAUACAAAUAGCGAAA